AUGAAUUUCAUCAAAUCAGUCGAGAUCCUCGGAUUCUUCUCCGUCGGAUAUGCUCUAUCAUGGAUUAUAUAUGCACGAUUUCUCCACCCUCUGAGACAUAUUCCUGGACCGUUCUGGGCUUCAGUCACUCGACUUUGGAUGGUCCAUCGUAUUCGCCAAGGAGACAUGGAAGUCGUCCAGCGAAGAUUGCAUGAACAAUACGGUCCGCUUGUCAGAAUCGCUCCGGACGAAGUCGCUUGUGCGGACCCAGACGCCAUCCGGAACAUCUAUCGCACACAGGCACCCCUGACCAAAACUCACUUCUAUCCCGUUUGGGGCAGCAACAACUUCUCAAAAUACCCUGAUCUGUUUGUCGACACGAAUGAGAAGCUUCACAGCAGUCGCAGACGCAUUGUCAACAAUGUGUACAGCAUGUCAACUAUCUUGACUCUUGAAGCAUACAUAGACGACUGUAGCGCUGUACUGCUACAACGCUUGGACGAACUCGCAGCUUCAGAGACAGUGGUCAAUCUCGGCCAAUGGUUGCACUGGUACGCGUUCGAUGUCAUUGGCGAGAUCUUCUUUGGAGAAGCUUUCGGCUUCAUGUCAGAGGGGAGCGAUUAUCAGUCAUAUAUCCAAUCACUGGAAACGUUGGUACCCGUGAUAUGUCAGGCUGCAGUAGCCUCGCCGCUGGCUCAACGUAUCAUUCUCGGCUCUGCUUCCAUCAACCCUGCUACAAGGAAGGCUAUGAAGGCAAUGGCGCAUAUUGAGAACGCCGCGCACACAAGUGUUGACAGCCGCCUUCAAGAUGAAGAAACUGGAAGACAGGAUUUGCUACGUCAUCUGCUCGAGAUUAUGAGAUCCAAGGGCGACAAAGUAGACUCUGGCGUCGGAGAAGUGAAGCUGCAGGCCUUUAGUGCUUUGACAGUUUUCUACCAUUUGCUGAAGUACCCUCACGUCAUGGAAGAACUUCGUGCAGAGCUUGAUACCGCGACAAGAGAAGGACACCUCUCCAACCCACCAAGGUUUGCGGAAGCAUCAAAACUUCCCCUGCUCACUGCUACCAUCAAAGAGGCCAUGCGGUUGCAUCCAAGUGUCGGUCUGACCAUGCCUCGCAUUGUGAGUGACACAGGGCUUGAAGUGGCUGGUACGGUGAUUCCAAAAGGCUGGAAGGUAGGAAUGAACGCCGCCGUGGUUGGACGAAGCAAAGCGAUCUAUGGCCCUGAUGCCGACGAGUUCCGACCUCAGAGAUGGCUGGAAAGUGGCGGCGAGACUCUGGAUAGGUAUAAUCUGGUGUUUGGUGCAGGCACACGGACCUGUAUCGGCAAGAAUGUAAGUGAGAGGAUCAUCAAAGACCUGAAUCAUCUGCUGACGCGCUUCAGANUCUCUCUGAGUGAGAUACACAAGGUUGUGCCUUUGAUUAUACAGAGAUAUGAUAUCAGCCUAAAGCAUCCAGAGAGGGAAUGGAUCACCAAGAACGCCUGGUUCAACAAGCAAGACGGUCUUGAUGUCCUGAUUAGAAGAAGGAAGUCUGAUCACUAA